UAUAAAAAUCCACCCUAUCCCAAAAUAUCCUCCAACACACUCUUCUACAUUUGCUCAAAAAAUGGCCUCUCAUUUUCAUCUCUUUCUUGCCUCCCUUCUUGUUGUUCUUCUCUUCAUCUCACCUUCCACAUCUCUAACUUGCUCAUCUCAAACAUUUUCCAGCAACACCAAAUUCACCAAUUGUACUGAUCUUCCUGCUCUCAAAUCUUUCCUCCAUUGGACCUUUGACCCCACUAAAUCCACCCUCUCUGUUGCCUUCAUUGCUUCUCCAGCUUCCCCUGAUGGUUGGAUUGCUUGGGGUCUCAACCCCAUCGCCCCAGCUAUGGUUGGCACACAAUCCCUUAUAGCAUUCAAAGAUCCCAAAGGAGCCAUGGUUGUCAAAACUUAUAACCUUACUUCUUACAAAUCAAUUACAGAGUCUAAGCUUUUGUACAAUGUGUUGGAUUCGAAAGCAGAGUCAUCUAAUGGGACCAUGAAAAUCUUUGCCACGUUGGAGUUGCCGGAAAAUACGACGACGGUGAACCAAGUAUGGCAGGUGGGACCCGCGGUGAAAGAUGGAAAGCCAGUGGUACAUAAGUUUGAUACCGAAAAUUUGGCAUCUAAAGCUACUCUGGAUUUGCCUGCUACUUCUUCUGCCGGUAAUGGGAAUAAGAAUGGUGGUUCCUCUGCAAGUAAUAGUAAUAGUAGUAGCCAAAGUGGAAAUGAGACUGGAGGAUCUUCAAGAAUUUUGAAGAGUGAAAAUGGUAUUUUUGCCUUCUUGUUCUUCCUCGGAGUUUUGAUUUUGCAGCUUUAGAUGUGCUUUUAGUUUAAUUUUUGUCUGUUUUUUGUUUUGGCAAUGUAAUAACGACUUCUAGUGGUAGUGAAAAAGGAAACCAGUCUACAAAUAUUCCACAUUUAUGUUUAAUCGUACACUACAUUUUAUUAUAAUGUUCCUUUAUCAUUCUAA